AUGGCUACCUGGAAAGAGCUUGAGCUUGAUCUAAUGUCGAAAGUCCACCGUGAAACUCUUUCCUCUGCUAGUCAUGACAGUGGCUGUGGCUCGCUGUGUCUAGCUGAUAAGAACGAAACGGCUGUCCAUCAUAUCAACCCGGAAGUUGAAAGUCCUUAUACUCGCCCUCUGCUCUGGUUUAAAGUGAGGGAGUAUUGCCGUGAUGCGUUCUCGGAGUUCUUUGGAACGAUGAUCCUGAUCUUAUUUGGGGACGGGGUCGUUGCUCAGGUGCUACUAAGUCAUGGAGAGAAGGGUGACUACCAAUCUAUCUCUUGGGGAUGGGGACUAGGCGUCAUGCUCGGAGUAUACGCCAGCGGGGCAUCAGGAGGCCACAUCAAUCCAGCCGUGACAUUUGCAAACUGCGUCCUCCGCGGGUUCCCCUGGCGCAAAUUCCCCGUCUAUGCACUAGCCCAGAUCCUCGGCGCAAUGUGCGGUUCUGCCAUCGUGUAUGGCAACUAUAAAUCAGCUAUCAACGUCUACGAGGGCGGGCCAGAUAUCCGCACAGUUCCCGGCUACUCGACGACAGCGACAGCAGGCAUCUUCUGCACUUACCCAGCAGAAUUCAUGACAAAGACGGGACAAUUCUUCUCCGAGUUUCUUGCCAGCGCGGUCUUGAUGUUCAUGAUCUUUGCUUUGAAAGACAACGGCAAUCUAGGUGCCGGGCAGCUGACACCUUUGGCGUUGUUCUUUGUUAUCUUUGGUAUUGGCGCAUGCUUUGGGUGGGAGACUGGAUAUGCUAUCAACCUAGCACGAGAUUUUGGACCUCGACUGACAUCCUACAUGAUUGGAUAUGGGCAUGAAGUAUGGGCUGCGGGAAACUAUUACUUUUGGGUAGGUUAUAUCUAUGAUAUCAAACCUCGUGAACUUUCCCGGCUUACAAAGGUUCCUUUCUUAGGUUCCUAUGGUGGCACCAAUAUUAGGUUGCACCUUCGGUGGAUGGAUCUAUGA